AUGAACCAGGACAAACCUUCGACUUCUUUCGAAGGCAAACCUAGAAAAAGAUCUCACAGUAAGGUAGACCUUGAAGUAGAAAGUGAUAAAACAAAACAGCACGACCACGAUGUGCCGAUACAAGACAAAAAGACAAAANAACAACAAACACCAAAANAUAUUCUUGACUUNNCAGAUGAAGUUCUUUUAUGUAUAUUUAAAAAUGUAGACCCAACCGAUUUAAAUAAUCUCAGAUUAUGUUGCACAAGAUUUGCAAGACUAGCGGCAGAUAAACUUUUAUGGAGUUUGGACUAUCGCAAAACACCUAUACUUCCUUCUCAAAUGAAGCCGUAUGAAACUUUCCUAAAACCAUUAACAUACAGCUUAGCAAUACGUGGAGAUUUCAAACAUGACAGUGAAAAUAUUCUUUCACCUUAUUUUUUUUUUAAACUACAACAAAUAUGCAGAAAACUUAGCAAAUUGAUUAUUGAAGAGUAUUAUAUUUGUACAACUAUGGAUACGCCAGAGACGUCAACAACUCUUGAGACCCUUGAAUUCAAAAAUUGUAUAGCAGAUGUUACGUUUACUGAUGUCACAUUUUUAGCGCCCAUUGUUUUUCAUGGAGUAUGUAGGUUCGUACCCUACGUAAAAUACUUGACAUUUAACGAUGUUCUGUGGGAUAAGCAAUCGACAUUUUUGCCAACUAUAUAUAACCUUACAGAACUUCAGAAACUUGAAGUACUUUCAUGUUUUCGUAUAGAGGACUUAUAUUCAGACAUAGAUUUAUUUAUCAAUAUCCCUUGUAACUGCCAAAAGCUAGAGAUUCUAGACGUUCGAGACACAUUAGUAACGGAUAAGAUAAUUGAAUGGUUUUGUCAAGUUGAAUCUUUAAAAGAACUGUAUCUAGAAUGUCCUAAAGUUUAUAGGUACAUGUUGUUAAAUGAAUCAUUAGAAGAUUUAGAAAACUUUAAUUACAUGUAUGAAGACCUUCUCAACUUUUUAUGUACAACUCAACGUCUUAUUGCCGAAAACAAAGUUAAAGAAACAAUUUCCAGAACCCAUUCGUUUUUAAACUAUUUGGUGUUAGAUAUUAGUUGCUAUAUAAAUAGAUUUACAAAUUUGAAGAUAUUACAUAUAAGACAUUAUUCGCAAGUUACAAGAACAGAUAUCAAUAUUAUGUUGUCGACAUUACCAAACUUAAUAGAGUUGGAUAUAACUGGAUGUUCUGUAACUCUGGAGGACGUGAAACACUUUGAACUACAAAGACCUAAUGUUCAAAUUUAUUCAUCUUUUAGUAAACCACAUAGCAGAUAUAUCUAA